AUGGACCCGAUAGCUAGGAGCCCUGGUCUCAACCCCGCCUCGACACCGUUUUUUCCUGGGGGAAUGCGCGUGAACGAGGAGAACGGGAGAGGUUCUGGACUCGGAUUCAGGAUGCCAACGAACAGAGAUCAACAGUUCAGCACAUCGACCUUCUCCCUCUCGCUGUCGCCGACAGACCAUCGCUCCGUCAGGUCUUCUCCCAGUCCUCAGGCUCAGGAUGACCGCGACCGGGGGCCGGAAACCAGGAUGCAAUUCAACCCAUCGCGCGAAGAUCUCCAACGCCGCUCGCCUGCUGGCGCGCCACCCGACAUGGACAAGACGUUCUCGAACGAGAGGCCACUCUCAAGGAGUUUGUCAGAAGUAACAGAACCCGACGACACUCCUGGUCCAUCAUAUAAUGGCCAGCUGGCGUCUAACACUACCUCGGCGUUGGGAACCAUCUUCGGACGCAGUCGGGAACUUCUUAACACGCAGUCCGCCAUGUUGGAAAGUGGCACGGCCAAUGCUAGGUCAUCCUUGAUUCAUGCUUCCUUCCUCUCGUCGUCACCGGCUUCUUCGCUUGACUCCGGCAGUCAUUUCGCAUCCAGUACGGAUCUCUCGACCAGCUUCGAUGCUCAACUCAAGGCUUCUCCAUUCAUUCAUGAUAUACUAGACCGGCUCGCGCGUUGCGAGUAUGCGACGCGUGAGGUACAGCGGGAGCUCUCUGAUGUGAACCGCAAGGUGGAUCUACUCGUGGACCGUACAGUCAAUGCAAAUGCCCCGCCAGAGUUCAAGGAUCCCUUCGCUCCUGCUUCUGCUCCUCCGCAGACGCUAUUCUCAUCCUCCAAUGGACCGCGUGCGUCCAUGAGUGCGGGAAUCGCGCCUCAUCAGGUGGCGCCAUUUGACGACAUCAGCCAGAUCUCCAAUAGGCUCAAUACCCUUACAUCCUCUGUCGGACAGCUGUUAGCGCUUCAGACACAACAGAUGCAGGUGUCGCACUCUGGUCUACAGAAUGCUCCUUCGCUUGGCGGAGGCAUUCCGCCCGACUUGAACCCCACCUCGAUGAUGACUCCUCCCUUGCUGACUCCAGGCUCGAGUCUGGGCCACAGUCUCGCCAAUCGUUUAGAUAUGAGAACAAAUCAGCGCAUCCCGAACCCACCGAUGCGCACUUGGUCGGCCAGUCACCUGGAUAUCCCUUUGAGGACAACUGAAUCGCCGCCAAGUGUCCUCAGUCGCCAAGAUUCCAUGUUUCGGGACAAGCGCCGUUCAGUGUCUGGACUAUUGCGUCGUGAAAGCACUAUCGGCGAAAGUUUUUCGGGUAGCCUGGGCGCAUCAUCCAGAGAGAAUGGACCUGUCAUCACGAAAUGGGAACAGCUCGCUCUUGCGUCGGAUUUGUUACAAUCGCUAAAUACAUUUGGUGUGGGACCGCCGAAUAAGAUUCAGCAGCGCGCAUUGCCCUUCCUGCUGCGGGGAUCCGACAUUAUCGCACAGGCGCCACCAACCCAAGAGCGUAUCGCAGCCUAUGUAAUUCCAGCUAUUCACAUCGCACUGGUGAAUUCCGCGCCCAGGACGCCUAUUCGUGGCCCCUUGGUGGUCAUGAUCUCUACUACCGUUGAUCAGGCUACUCAAGCUCAGCGGAUGAUUCGUGACAUCGGAGGGCCUAUAGGCAUCAGGUCUGCUCUGGGCGUUGGCUCUACUUCUGGUAGCAGCGACUUGUCUCAGGAGCUGCGCCUACUUCAGCAGAAUAUGCCACACAUUAUAUGCGGGACGCCACAAAAGCUGCAUGCUCUGUUUACCUCUCCUGGUGGGCUGCUGGGCUCGGAAGUCCGCUUCCUUGUCUUGGACGAAGUAGAUCAGCUGAUCGCGCGCAACCUUCAUGAAUACGUAUUCAACAUCAUCAAGCUGCUCCCCCCACCUCGCUCUCAUCCAACUGCGCCUGGCACGCCUGCAGGGACGCCUGGUUCCUCACAGCCCGGUUUUCCAGGACUCGAUGCGGGUGGAUCCUCGUCGUUGGCUACGCCUCUCCAAAAUGUUGCUCGCAGGUUCUCAGCGGUUAAUCUCCGAUCCUCGCCUCCCAUCGAUUUCUCAAACGGUGUAUCGCAGACGAUAGAACGUCAGACCGCUCUUUUCUCUAAUACGGUUCCUCAGGAUGUCUUGAACCUUGCCUCCGCCAUUCAAUUGCGUGAGCCUGUCAGAGUCCUCGUGCGUCGUGAUGGCAACGUCACGCACGCUGACACGAGCCAAGGUGCUCGUGGUCUGCGGCAGUUCUACUUGUACCUAGCUUUCACUGCUGGUGGCCGGUCCGAUGCGCCUCUGCCUUCAGGAGGGUUAGGGAUUAUCGGUUCUGGCCGCGGAGCUUCAAGCGCGGAAACAGCGCAGGCUCGGGAAUGGAAAUUAGAUGCUCUUGCGGAUCUGUUCGAUGACUUGGAUGUUCCUCAUGCCAUUGUUCACGUGGGAGGAAUGAAGGCGUUGGACUCAGUAGUCUACAAGCUUGCCAGCCGCGGCCUCGAAGCAGUUCCUCUUCACGGAGACAUGAAUGCUGGUGCAAAGUUAGCCGCCCUGAACAAGUUCCGCAGUCCCGCCUCUGGCAUCAUGCGACAGCCAACGAAGGUCCUGAUAGUGUACGACGUGCAAGUCAAGACACCGGAAGUUUCGCAGAUACCUUUGAUUAUAAACUACGAUUUACCAAAAGCUGUUGAAGAAUAUGCCCAUCGCGUGGCUCCUGCAAUUGCUCCUACUUAUUCACGAGCAGGCGUUAUUGUCAACUUUGUGACUGCUACUGGCGGCGAUGUUGAGAUGCUGCGCUCAAUAGAGUGCUUCUAUAAGUGA